AUGGCUAAGUUCAGGGUGAGAGUGUCCACCGGGGAAGCCUGUGGAGCUGGCACAUGGGACAAGGUGUCUGUGAGCAUCGUGGGGACCCAGGGAGAGAGCCCCUUAGUGCCCUUGGACCGCCUUGGCAAGGAGUUCACUGCCGGUGCUGAGGAGGACUUCGAGGUGACAGUCCCCCAGGACGUGGGCCAGGUGCUGAUGCUGCGCGUACACAAGGCGCCCCCGGCGCUGCUCCUCCCUCUUGGAUCCUUGCCGCCAGACGCCUGGUUCUGCCGCUAGUUCCAGCUAGAGUUGCUGCCGGGCGCUCAUCUCCGCUUCCCGUGUUACCAGUGGCUGGAGGGGGCCGGGGACCUGGUGCUGCGAGAGGGAACAGCCAAGGUCUCCUGGGCAGACCAGCACCCGACACUCCAGCGCCAGCGCCAGCAGGAGCUGCAAACCAGGAGGGAGAUGUACAGCUGGAAGACUUACAUCCAAGGCUGGCCUCACUGCCUCGAUCAGGCGACUGUGAAAGACUUGGACCUCAACAUCAAGUACUCUGCAGUCAAGAAUGCCAAAUUCUGCUUCAAAGUCAGCUCUGCUUUUACAGAGCUGAAAAUCAAGGGGAUGCUGGACCGCACAGGGCUCUGGAGGAGUCUGAGGGAGAUGAGAAGGAUGUUCAACUUCCACAGCACCCCAGCAGCAGAGUACGUGUUUGAGCACUGGCAGGAAGACGACUUCUUCGCCUCCCAGUUCCUAAAUGGUCUCAAUCCUGUCCUGAUCCGUCGCUGUCGCAGCCUCCCAAAGAACUUCCCAGUCACUGAUGACAUGGUGGCCCCAGUGCUGGGCCCUGGAACCAGUCUGCAGGCUGAAUUGGAGAAGGGCUCCCUGUACUUGGUGGAUCAUGGCAUCCUCUCCAGCAUCCAUACCAAUGUCAUCAAUGGGAGACCUCAAUUCUCUGCAGCCCCAAUGACUCUGUUAUACCAGCGCCCAGGGCAAGGACCCCUGUUGCCCCUUGCCAUCCAGUUCAGCCAGUCCCCCGGGCCCAAUAACCCCAUCUUUCUGCCCAGUGAUGACAAGUGGGACUGGCUGCUAGCCAAGACCUGGGUUCGCAAUGCUGAGUUUUCUGUCCACGAGGCCCUCACACAUCUGCUGCAUGUGCACCUGCUUCCUGAAGUCUUUGCCCUGGCCAUGCUGCGCCAGCUGCCCCAUUGCCACCCUCUCUUCAAGCUGCUGAUACCCCAUAUCCGGUACACGCUGCAUAUCAAUACCCUCGCCAGAGAGCUGCUCAUUGCCCCUGGGCAGGUGGUAGACAGGUCCACAGGCCUUGAUGUUGAAGGAUUCUCUAAGCUAAUAAAGAGAAAUAUGGAGCAGCUGAACUACUCUGAUCUGUGUCUUCCUGAAGAUAUCCAAGCCCGAGGAGUUGAGGACAUCCCAGGCUACUACUACCGGGAUGAUGGGAUGCAGAUCUGGGGGGCAGUGAAGCGCUUUGUCUCUGAGAUAGUCAGCAUCUACUACCCAAGUGAUGUAUCUGUUCAAGAUGACCAAGAGCUCCAGGCCUGGGUGAGGGAGAUCUUCUCUGAGGGCUUCCUCAGCCGGGAAAGCUCAGGUGUGCCUUCCUCAUUGGAUACUCAGGAAGCCUUGAUUCAGUAUGUCACCAUGGUGGUAUUCACCUGUUCAGCCAAGCAUGCAGCUGUCAGUGCAGGCCAGUUUGACUCCUGUGUUUGGAUGCCCAACCUGCCACCUACCAUGCAGCAGCCACCACCCACUUCCAAAGGCCAGGCUUGGCCUGAGGGUUUCAUAGCCACCCUCCCACCAGUCAAUGCCACAUGUGACAUCAUCAUUGCCCUCUGGUUGCUGAGCAAGGAGCCUGGGGACCGAAGACCCCUGGGCACAUAUCCAGAUGAACACUUCACAGAGGAUGCCCCCCAGCGAAGCAUCCUUGCCUUCCAGAGUCAUCUGAUCGAGAUCUCCAGGGACAUCAAAGAGCGGAAUCAAGGCCUGGCAUUGUCCUACACCUACCUGGACCCUCCCCUCAUUGAGAACAGUGUCUCCAUCUAAAACCUUAGAGAAGAUGGCCCCAUGUGACAUCCAUCCCUUUGACAUGUCCAGGCUGUCACCUGGAAAAAAAAGGACCCUUCAGAAAAACAGGCUUCCCACCAUGUGCUUCUCCUGGACAACCAAGUCUCACAUAACCCCUCACUUACAUACACACAACUGAGAAACAAAGCCAAAACAGAGAAACCAAAA